UGCGUAUCCAGACGUGGCAACGGCAUCAUGGCCUCUUGGAAUCGCUACGGGAGUCGGAUGAGAGAGGCGAAAAUGUUAAUGUUGGUGUUGCUGGUGUGGCUCCUGUCGGUGCUGGAGGCCGCGAAGGUGUCUCCUCUCAUAGAGAAAGUCAGCGACCACAAAGACUUCAAGAAGCUGCUCAGGACGAGAACAAAUAUUCUGGUGCUCUACACGUCUGUAGCUACAUCAGGGGACGCCCACCUGAAACUGCUGUCUGAUGGCCAGACAGUAAAGGGCCAAGGGACUAUUGCCUGGGUCAACUGUGGAGAUUCAGAGGGCCGGAAACUCUGUAAGAAAGUGAAGGUGGACCCGAGCUCCAAACGUGGAGGAGCAGAGCUGCUGCAUUACAAAGAUGGGACGUUCCACACGGAGUACAGCAGGCCUGCCACUUUCAAGUCGAUGGUAGCGUUCUUGAAAGACCCAUCAGGGCCCCCACUGUGGGAGGAGAACCCCGAGGCUAAAGAUGUCAUCCACAUAGAGACGGAAAAAGACUUCAGGAAGCUGCUGAAGAAAGAAGAGAGGCCGGUCCUCAUAAUGUUCUAUGCGCCCUGGUGCGGAGUUUGUAAGAGAAUGCAGCCCAUUUUUCAGCAAGCAGCCACAGAGACAAAAGGGAAAUAUGUACUAGCAGGAAUGAAUGUGCACCCAGCUGAGUUUGACGGCCUCAAGCAGGAGUACAACGUCAAAGGCUACCCAACCUUCUGCUACUUUGAGAAGGGGAAGUUCCUUCACCACUAUGAGAACUACGGCGCCACAGCCAAGGACAUUGCAGACUGGCUGAAGAAUCCUCAGCCCCCCCAGCCGAAGACCCCUGAAGUCCCCUGGUCUGAGACGGACUCCCCGGUCUUCCACCUGACCGAUGAGUCCUUUGACAGCUUCCUGGAGGAACAUCCUGCUGCCCUGGUCAUGUUUUACGCCCCUUGGUGUGGCCACUGCAAGAAAAUGAAGCCAGAGUAUGAUGAAGCUGCGGAAAUACUCAACAAGGGUGCAGAUAGUCCGGGUGUUCUGGCAGCAGUAGAUGCCACAGUGCAUAAGGCUGCCUCAGAUCGUUUCAAAAUCUCCGGUUUCCCAACUGUUAAGUAUUUUGUGAACGGUGAGGAGAGGUACACGCUACCACAGCUGCGAAGCAAAGACAAGAUCAUCGAGUUCAUGCACAAUCCACAGGCACCUCCUCCACCAGAGCAGUCUUGGGAGGAGAAACCCUCCAGUGUCAGCCAUCUUGGGUCAGAGGACUUCCGAGAGGCUCUGAAGAAGAAAAAACAUGCUCUGGUCAUGUUCUAUGCUCCCUGGUGUCCACACUGUAAAAAUGCUGUCCCCCACUUCACCACGGCGGCAGAGCUCUUUAAAGAGGAUCGCAAGAUUGUGUACGCGGCUGUGGACUGCACAAAAGGGCAGAACCACGAGCUUUGCAAGCAGGAAGGGGUGGAGGGCUACCCAACAUUCAACUACUACAACUACGGCAAGUUUGUGGAGAAAUACAACGGAGAUCGAGGGGAGGCAGGCUUCACGGGCUUCAUGCGCAGCCUAAGAGGACGUGACCAGGAAAAGGUUGUCAAGCGGAAGGAGGAGCUCUGAGAGAAGCAUGCAG